AUGGCAACCAGAAAUGCUUUGAGGUCAGUGUCUCGUAGGCUCUCCAGCAGUGGAAAAGUUCUUAACGAGGAGGAAAAAGCUGCUGAGAAUGUUUUCAUUAAGAAAAUGGAGCAGGAGAAGCUUGAGAAGAUAGCCCAAAAGGGUCCUGGAGAACAAGCAGGCACAGCAGGUGAAGCCAAGGCUAGUGGUGCAUCAUCGACUGAGUCAGGCCCAAAAGUGUCAGAAGACAAGCACAGAAACUACGCGGUUGUGGCAGGAGUGGUGACUGUUGUGGGUGCGAUUGGUUGGUACAUGAAAUCAGGCGGAAAGAAGCAGCCCGAGGCUCAAGAGUGA